CUUUAUUAUAUUUCACGAAUGCGAGGCAGAUAUACUGUCUUUCACUGCACAUAUUGUACGAAUGAAUUUGCAAAUCAUUCAAGCAACGGAAAAUGCUAUACUCUGUACUGUGAAAGAGUCGAUUAUCUAAUAAAGUAUUACGAUGAAAAGCAGCGAUAAAGAGAGUUGCAGUGUACGUAAGUAAUUACGCGCUAUACUAUAUGAUGACAUAAGUACAGCCGUGCACAAGGAAUUGUUAAUAAUGUCCCCAUGCUUCGCUUAUUGUUUGUAGCCAGCAUUCACAAAGUAUUGUUUGAUAGUUUGCGUUCUUAGUAUUUCUGAAAAUGACCGAGGAAAGGGAUAUUUUACAAAGUCAAUAUUACACGAUUCCUAGAUUCUACAUGACUUUAGCAGGAUUAUGGCCAUAUCAUUCGAUUCGUGAUAGAUAUCUGCAUUUUAUGCCGACAUUUACGGUCUGUUUUAUUAUUUUCAUACCCCAGCUACUAUAUGUGCACAUUGCCAUGACGGAUAUCGAUGAUCUUUUCGAAUGUAUUCCAACAAUGUUGAUCACGAUAAUAUUUAGUUUUAAGUUAGCGAGCUUGAUGGCAAACAGUAAGAAAGUAAAAACUUGUCUUAAGACAAUAGAGGACGAUUGGUUGUCAUUAAGUACGGAUGACGAGAAGGCUAUUCUGCAACGACAGACUGCAUACGGCCGAUAUCUGACGAUAUUUUACGCAAUGUUUAUGCAGCUGACAGGAUUUCUCUACAUACUCAAAUCGAUCGUGUUGAUACUGAUAGAUGAUACCUCGAACUCGACCAAACUGGCCGUAACGAAAUUACCAUUUCGCGUGGAAUACGGCCACAAGAUAGAUCAAUAUUUCUAUCUGAUACUGGUCCAUAACUAUUUAACCGUAUUUUCUCACGUGACCGCCACAGUCGCGACUGAUACCUUGUACUUUACCUUGAUCCAGCAUGCGUGCGGGAUGUUUUCGGUUGUCGGACAUUCGUUGGAAAGCAUUGGCAAAAAUAGCAAUGACGAUUUCGAUCUAAAGCCCAAAAAGGUCAAAGAUAUUAAUUACAGCAAGGUUCUGGGCUGUUUACGCAAGCAUCUGCACGUGAUAGAAUUUGCGGAAAUGAUCGAGUCUACGUUCGCGAAUAUAUUUUUGGUCAGCAUUAGUCUAAAUAUGAUUGGAGGCAGUAUAUGCGGUAUACAGGUAUUGAUAAAUUUAAAUGAUGCAAAAGAUAUAAUAGCACCUCUCGCUAUUUAUAUCGCUCAACUCAUUCAUCUAUUCCUACAAUUUUGGCAGGCUCAAUUUUUAAUUGAUUACAGUGUUCUUCCGUACGAGUCAAUUUGCAAGGCGAAUUGGUAUUACACCUCGAACAGAUGUAGAAAACUCCUACUUUUGAUUAUGAGCAGAACGGUCUUACCAUGCAGAAUAACUGCUGGCAAAGUGGUGACUUUAUCAAUCGAAAGCUUUGGCGUGGUUCUGAAAACAUCGAUGUCAUAUUUCACCAUGCUGCGUUCCUUCCAUUAACAAUUGCAAUGGGAGUUUGGGUAAUCUGCUGAGAAAAUUUUAAUUAAGAGUCAUAUUUAUUCACAUGCGAUGUAUUAUAAUAAUUUUACACACGCGGCAAUAGAUUUAGAUUGUUCUAAUUGUCAAAAAUGUACCGAAAAUAUAGAAUGACAAAAAAUUUUAGGCAGACUACAAAUUUCCUACCUUUUACCGUAAUCGAAAAUCGUUAUAUGUCACAUCUAUUGUCGGGACAGUUAAUUCUUUUUUUUAUAAAGACGGAAUCUUUACGAUUGCCAUUUGAAAACUCAAUUUGUUUAUAUACGAAGUAUAUAAUAUAUAGUAUAGUAUAUCGAUAGUACGAAUAUCGACUGCAAACAGUAUAGCGAGAAAGGUUACAUUUAGCAAAGCCGCGACUAAAAGACUGAAACGGCAAGAAGGGGAGGUGAGAUAGGGUUGUACUUUAGCGGGGAAAUAAUUGCGUAGUAAUUCUGUAAUGACGUAACUACUGUAUAACGCGCGCGGCCUCGCAAGUACUGCGACCCACAAGGAAUUGAUAAUAACAUUUUACCGAGUGACAUUCACAAGGAAUCGUUGAUA